GCUCAGAGCCAUAUCUUUCAGAUUCUGAUUCAGUUUUGUUGUACCAUCCCUGGAGGUGCCCGAGAAGGAAAAAAUUUCGUUUCAGUAGAAAGACCAUGAUGACGCUCAGUAGUAGUCACCAAACCAUGAAACAGACGGAUGCCAAUAGCAGCUGCAGUUUGGAUUCUUCCAUUUCUUCGUGGAUGUCAAGACGUCGUCAUUCGCUAAGUGUUAGUACUCGAAGCUUCAAGCCGCGGUCUUCAAAGACUCGUCAAAGUUGCGAGAAUCUUUCUCAGAUGAGUUUGAAUAAGCUAAGGACCUGGUCGUUGGGUAUGCAUGGUCGAGAGGAACCAGUGGCCGCCUUGCAAGAGUUGUUUGACCGGACACAUUCCAAAGGGGUGCGAGAGUUGUGUUUGGUCGAGGGAUACUCGGGACUUGGCAAGUCUCGGUUGGUCCGGGAAGCCCUGGAACAUCGUGUGGACAAGGCUGGUGGACUCUUUGUCAGCGGCAAGUUUGAACAGAAACACCAAGAGGACCUUCAGACACCCUAUGCUGCAAUCACCAUGGCUUGUCAGCAACUUUGUACGCUGAUUCAUCAGUGGCUGAUUGUGGGUGAACAUCAACGACAACGUCAAGCCAAGAAAGCCAUGAAAUCUCGUCUACGGGAAAAAUUGGCCAAUGACGUUCAUGUCCUCAAAACCAUUAUUCCCAACAUUGAACUCAUUGUCAAUAGCAUCGGUGAUGACGAUGACGACGACAUUAGUAGUAGUGAUCGGGAUCUCGGAUCGCACUACAGCAGCAGCAGGUCUCUGGGGAAAGACUUCGAUUGGGAGACACUUGGCAAAGAACCAUUGGAAGAUACCACAGACACGGCCACCAUGGAUGAAUCAGAAGACGAACCCAUACAAGAUGGGAAAAUGGCAGAUCAGCUCAAACGGUUACAGUUUGCCUUUGGCUCAUUCAUCAGUGUAGUGGCUGAAAGGGGCCCCAUCGUCAUGGUGAUUGAUGACAUGCAAUGGGCAGACCAAGCGAGCAUCAGCUUACUCCAUGCAUUUCUGACUCAAUCUGCCAUUGGCAAAGAGAACAUCCCACUGUUGAUUGUGGGCGUCUAUCGCAGCAAUGAAGUGAGCUCCAGCCCACAACAUCCGCUAUCCAAACUAUUGGGUGUAUUAGAAAACAAAACUGACAAUGAAAGCCCAAAAGAGCUUCCCGAAACCGCAGUGGCGAACCAAACCAAUCCGCACCAGGGGAUCCCAAUGACCCGCAUUGCUCUCGACAAUCUUUCCGUGAAACACGUGAAUCAGAUGGUUUGUGACUUGUUGUCCCUUGAUGAACCACAAACUGUGGCUCCACUGGCAGAAGUGGUGCACCGAAACACACAGGGUAAUCCGUUUUGGGUGGUCCAGCUCAUGACCGGGCUUCAGUCCCAAGGAUUGUUAGACUACAACUUUGGGCUCAUGAAAUGGAUCUGGAACCUCCCGGAAAUUGAAGCCAAGAUCAAAAUCACAGACAACAUUGUCGGACUGACCAAGGCCAAACUUGAAAGUCUAGAAGAUGGCACCUUGCAAAUCUUACAGAUUGCGGCAUGUCUUGGUUCUACGUUUGACGAAAAUACACUUCAGAUGGUCUUGUCCAAGGUUGACCGGUCAAAGCUCCUUGGCGGAGGAGACGACGGAAGCUGCGAAGGCAAUGAAUUGGAUUGGGGUGAACUAGACACAUGCGUCGACGAAGGCUUUCUUGAGGAAUUUGGUUCCACAUCGUACAGGUGGAAACAUGAUCAGCUGGAAGCUGCAGCGUUUUCUCUGAUUCCUACGGAUUCCAUAUCGGAGGUACUCUUUUCAAUUGGCAAGAUCGUGGCUACUGACACGGACUCUGCCACUUUGGAGAGUAUGCUCUUCAUUUGUGUCAACCUUCUCAACGAAGGAGCAUCCUCGCUUCCCGAGGGUGACUCAUGGAGAAUAAAGAUAUCUGAGCUGAACCGAAGGGCCGGCAAAAAAUCCAUGGUCUCGUCGGCCUUUGAAUCGGCAAACUCCUAUUUUCGCACAGCCAUCGAGCUUCUGCCCAAAGAGAACUAUUGGCGAGACCACUACGAACAUUCGCUCGAGCUCUUCUCCUCCGCUGCUCAGACAGAAUUUGUAUUGGGAAAUACUGAACGGCUUGAUCGGUACUGCGAGGAGGUUCUCAGUCAGAAGGAUCGACCACUCUUGGACAAACUGAGCACGUACAAGGUCAUGCUGGAAUCUGUCGCCGCCAGGGCCAACGGCGGAGAUGCCAUUGAACUGUGCCUGGAUGUUUUGCAACAGCUGGGAUGUAAGCUGCCCCGGCGACGACUUCUCUUGCACACAAUUGUCGGGGUGACCAAGGUCAAGGCGUCGGUGCGGAAGGAGACUCCCGAGAAAAUCGCCGCUUUGCCCGAGAUGAAAAACAAGUAUCACAUCUGGACCAUGUACUUCCUGGAUCAGCUCAAGGUGUAUUGCUACACAAACAACAGCCCUUUGCUACCGCUGGUCAUUUUAAAAGGUCUACGGCUGACCAAGAAACAUGGAGUUUGCGACUACUCCCCCAACGUUCUGGCCACCGUUGGUUUCAUCUUGUGUUCUGUGAAUGACCUUGGUGCUGGCAGCAUUUACGGAAAACAUAGCCUUAGCAUGCUGGACUCUCUGCCAAACCGUCGCGAAAUCGAAUCACGUGUUUCGUUCUUGGUAUAUGGCUUUGUCCUCCAUUGGACUCGCCCAAUCCAACCAUUUUUGAAAGAUUUGGUCCAAGCCUACGAAAAUGGCAUGCGAUGCGGUGACACGGAGAAUGCGCUGUGGUCCAUCUACGUCUACCUUCAAUUCGGCCAGCAGGUUGGCUUGAACCUGGAGACCAUGGAAGAAAACUAUCGCAUAUAUUCAAAGCAAAUGAGUGACUACAAGAACGACACGAUCCUCGUUGAGACAGCCAUUGAGCAUCAGUCGAUGCUGAACUUGCUGGGCCGCAGCGAGGACGCGACCGUCUUGACUGGCGAAGCAUGCGACGAAGCGGCCAUGAGGCAGAAGUGCAAGGAAACCUCAAACGAACACUUUUUGGGCCUGAUUGAUGGCGUUGUAAUCUGGUCAUGCUGCUACCUGGGUGAAUACGAGAAGGCCGCAGACUUGGCGUUGAGAGUCGGCGAAGACAUUGUAUCUCAGUCACCAUCAUCGUCCACCGAAAUCACUGGUCGUUGGACACAAGCUAUUUCGUGCUAUGCCAUGGCCCGCCAAACGCGUAAGCGCAAGUACCUGAAACAUGCUCGCAAGAUGGCGAAGAAAAUAAAGCAAUGGAUUGUGAAGGGCAAUCCCAACAUCAUGCAUUACGGCCCACUGCUGGAUGCAGAGGACGCCGCCUACAAAGGGAAGAAGAGCCUUGCUAUGGUCCACUACCAAACCGCGAUUGCUCUAGCUGGGCGUGGAGGCUUUACGCAUGAUCAAGCCGUCUGCACCGAGCGAAUGGGAAAGUUUUACUUGGACGAAAUGGGGGACGAAGCUGAAGGAAAGUACUACAUCAACGAGGCGAUGAAACUGUUCCAGGAUUGGGGUGCGGCGGCUAAGAUUUCACGCAUGAGGGCUGAGUACCCUUGUUGGUUUGCUCUGCCGACCGAGAUCUCGAUCCCACUCCUCCUGGAGACAAAGCAAGAGGCACUAGAUGAAGCCAUCCCUGUCUUCUGAUCAUGCAGCUGGCAAAUACUGGCUCUGAGGCGGUUUGCUUCCAAUCCGGUAACUAAUAAAAGCUUUGGACAACCCAACCCAGUGCUCACUUCACAUACAUGGGCAUGCCCUUGUACGAUUCGAUCGCUACUACUUGCACUUAUGAGUACUAUACUUCCUAUCGCUAAUGUACACUCUGUAAUCCAACUUUUACAUUUUAAAACUGC